CCCAUUCUGGUUCGCAGAAGUCGAGUCUACGGUAGUGCAACAUCUAUGCUGUCUGUAGACCGUUACGUCUUUUCAUUGGCCCGGAGUCUACGGUGAGCGUAGACACUGUAGACUCGGCCCAAUAGGAGCGCCGAAUCCCACUGUAGACGACCAAUCGACUGGUCGACGGAAGUUGCGUCACCAAAACAACAACACGCAGCGGACCAGCGAAGAAGCCGGCAAGUCCGCUAUUUUUCAUGGAAACUGGCAUUUCUUUUAUGUUUAUGUCUUGGUAUGGCGACACCAACGAUUCGGGUAGUUAAUCCAGAUGCCCCUGCACAUCGUCAGCAGGCUCUACUUAUGGCAACCAAAGAGGCACGUUACUACCGGGUGAGAAGUAUGGUCUUCCCCAAACCUCCACAGGAGCUGCUCAGUCAUGAGUCAAGUCACUGCCUUGACUCAUGCAGAGAAGCUGCUUCAAGCCGAGGGUAUCCAUGUGCCUUCACGUCAGCAGUGCCUGGGAAAGCUGGUGGUGCCAUUUGGACAACAUGAACAUGCACCAUUUCGGUGGCUCGUUGCAAACGACGUGGGAUAUAUGAAGUACAUACUUGACAGGCACAGAACAGAGGUGACAAAUCCACAAAGAAAGGGAGAGAUGGGGAACCAGUGGGUGAAGGAUUACCUCACAGAAUAUGCAGAAAGCUUCCCUCAAGUCUCCGUAGUCCUCGAGGCCAACAUUGACAGGUGCAUCUAUGGUCAGAAAAGUUUUGAAGAUCACACCUUUCAAGAGAUGUGGGAAUUAUAUUGUCAGUACAGCAGCCAAAAGGACAGACCUGAGAAGUUCAGUAAUGAGCAGAGGGAGGUCAUUCAGAAGGCACACAGUUCUGUGAAGAGGUGGUUGAACACACCAGUGACGCACAUCACAAGCACCCAAAUGAAGAGGUUCAGAAAAUAUAUAUAUGACAAGGAACAACAACGGCUGACAAGUACCCCCAGGUGUGAUCCUUCAUUGUGGCCAAGUGAUGAUGCUGAACUGAUAGCUGCAUCCCAGUCUGUGGAAGAUUCACUGAAGUCCCAACACUCCUUGUCUGCAAGUCAACCUUUAAAGCAACAGCUGACAAGCAGAGGUGUUUCCUCCUCCCAGACGUCUGGAACAUAGGAGAACUCAGCUCCCCUGUCCAAGGAGUUUGAGAACACUGUACAGUCACCACAUCAAAAUAAAUCUACUGUGCAGCCCAAACAUCGUGAGUCCACAGAGGCUGCCAUACAGUCCAAAAAACUUGACACUGUUGGAUUCACUGAGUCAUCUGCAUCCCAGGGUCAUGAUCAUACAACACAAUUACUGUUGAGUCAUUCACCUGUAGGUGAUAUUUAUUUGAAAUCAGACUAUUUCAGUUAGAGCGUGUGUGUGUGCGUGCGCGCGCACGUGCGUG